UGCAUAAUAUCCUCACACAAGAAAAUAGAAUCCCUAAUAUUCAAAUUGAUUUUAUUAUUGAAGGUAUUAAUAUAAUUUUAAAGAACAAUUAUUUCUGUUUUUUUAAUUGUUUUUAUCUACAAAAACGAGGUACAGCUAUGGGAACCAGGUUCGCCCCCAGUUAUGCCAACCUCUUCAUGGCAGAUUGGGAAUCCACUGCCAUCUGGGGCGAGCAUACAUGGCGGGCGAACCUGAUCACAUAUUUUAGAUACAUAGAUGACCUCUUUUUUAUCUGGAACGGUUCAGAAGAUUCUUUAAAAUUAUUUAUUAAUCAUCUUAAUUGUAACAACAGAGGCAUCAUUUUAACUUACGAAUACAGUAAAACUACCAUUAACUUUUUAGAUCUGGAAAUUUUUAUUAAAAAUGAUAUCUUAAAUACCAAAACCUUUUUUAAAAAAGUAUGCACAAACACAGCCAUUGACCGCUCAAGUUGCCACUACAAACCAUGGCUGGAAAGUGCACCAAAAAGUAAAUUUUUAAGACUGAGAAGGAACUGCUCUCAAAUAGAAGAUUUUAACUCGCAAGCUGCUUUUUUGAAAAAUCAAUUCACAGAAAAAAAUUACCCAAUAGAGAACCUUAAUAAUACCAUAGAAUCAGUUAGAAUUAAAGAAAGAACAGAACUUUUAAAUUACAAAGAAAAAACCACUAAUAAUCACCUUAACCUUCCGAUUAUCUUCAAUUUUAACAACAAAAGUAACCAUGUUAAAAAAAUUAUAAAAAAACACUGGCACCUAUUACAACAUGAUGAUACUCUUAAGAAAAUCAUACCAGAAAGACCAAAUAUUGUCUUUAGAGGAGCCCCUAGGUUAAAAUCUAUUCUAACCUCCAACUACACAAAAGAGAACAAACAAAAGUCACAAACCUGUCUUUUACCUAAUAUUAAAGGGUUCUUUAAAUGCAAACACUGUAAAGUAUGCAAAUGCACAGAUCAGUCGAUUAAAACUAAAACCACACACUUUCAGUCUAAUAAAACCAACACAACAUAUAACAUUAAGGAUUUUAUUACAUGUACUACAAAGAAUGUAAUCUACCUCCUAGAAUGCCCAUGUGGAUUACAAUACAUGGGCAUGACCACAAGAAGUCUUAAAACACGCUUAGGUGAACACUGCCGGAAUAUUAUUAAUGGAUACCAGAAUCAUACGGUAUCUAAACAUUUUAUCAUUCAUAAUAAGGAUCCUGGCCUUUUAAAAUGUAUUGGCAUAAAAAAAUGCACCAUUCCAUGGAGAGGAGGUAACAUCAAAAAUAUUUUAGGAAAAUGUGAAAUGGAAUGGGUCUUUAAUUUAAAAACAUUGGUUCCAAAUGGUUUAAAUGCAGACUUUGAUUUAUUUAAUUUUAUCUAAAUAUUUUACAUAACAUUACCACUCUUCUUAUUAUAUCUUAUUUUAACAUAUAUUAAAAUGUUUUAUGUGCUUAUGCCCUUAUUAUUUUAAUACUAGCAUUUUACAUAUGUAUAUGUUUUAUUAUGUUAUUAUGUUUUAAUACUCCUAUUUUGUUUUAUGUAAAGAUGUGCCACCUCUAACAUGGCCACCUAUUCAACUAUUCACCCAGCCUACAUUCCCCUCCCAAGAUGGCUGCUGACAUUAUGUUUUCACUAGCAAUCCUUCCCCCUGUGGUUUCACAACCACUCCCCCCUUCCCUAACCCCAUAGCAUAUCCAGUGAGAUUGACAUGUAGUCUAACCUUAGACUACAUGUCCCAUACUCCCUCCGAAACCGGAAGUGACGUCGCGUCCGGUACGCGCGUCACGUGCCCCUUCCAAUGGUGUUCCUCCCACCCUCCCUCCCACCCUGUAAGCCCAAUGUUGGGCUCUAUUUGCAUUAGGGACAUGUAGUCUAGCCACAGACUACAUGUCCCAUGACCUCGCCGAACCGGAAGUGACGUCGCGCUAAUGACGCGCGUCACAUGGUUCAGUUCUAAAAUGUAAAUACAAUGUAAUAAAUGCUCGUUUUUGUAUAAAACCUAUGUCAUUAGCAUUAUAUAAGUUAUAUAAAUCUAACCUUUAUUCAGAAUUGUUGUUAUGAAAGUGUAAAAACGAUCUGUUUAACUAUUGGUUGUACAAUUUUGGCGCCAAUUUUAUAAUUAUUUUAUACCUAUAUAAACCCUAACUAGCCAGGUAGAAUUGUUUGUUAUCCAUUGAUAAAGCCUUACAUUGGUGAAACGCGUUUGGAUAUUUUAUACUAUUUUAUAUAUUGUUAAUAAAAGAUUUUGGUCGCUUUUACGUAUAAACCAUCAUCUUUUUUAUUACCUGGCUAUUUUAAUAACUUUCUAUUUAUAUAUAUAUAUUUUUUUAUAUAUAUAUAUUUUUUUAUUAUUAUUUUAAGUCCUGUAUACCAUACUCCAAGAAUCCCAGGUGGGGAUUAUACCACCUACGCUGUUACAUAGAGCAGUUAGCCUGCCCUAUACACUGUGAGUAUAUUUUAUUAUUUUAUUUUACCAUUCAAGAUUUUAUUGAGAGCACUAUCACUGUUUUACCUUCUCUUCGAGCUCCUGAUACUCCGAUCAAGAUCACUCCUCAUAUAUCCCAUAAGCGGGGAUGAUACCGCUGUACACCUAACCAACUAGAGCUAGCCUAAGCUCUACCGAAUGUGAGUGUAUCUAUCAUAUUUUAUUAUAUUUUUUAUCAGUGUAGAACAUACUGCACCAUUACUGUCUUCAUUUUAUCUUCCCCAACUACGGCCACCUGCUACCACAAAGAAGAGGACACUUGCCGAAUAUCCUGUAAGCGGGGAUAAUACCGCUGCGAGCUAUCCACACCAGAGCUGGGUUAAGCUCUGUUAAUUGUAAGUAAGAUCUCUUCUACUUCUUAUAUUUGGACUACUCUCCACGAUACCGUACCUUUUGAACCCCACCAAAAGUAGAACUUUGGACACGACAAUAUACAUUGGACUCAACACUCAGUGUACACAUCGGCGCAGACCCAUCCCCCAUUUUUUUUCUGCUCCUACCAUAUGCUUUUUCUAAUAUAAAAUAUUGAUCCUUUCAUAGUAAAACGUUUAAUUAUACAGUAAGCAUACUCACAUGCAGACACAGACAAUCUCACUGACACACAGCCUCUUAGACAAACAAACAGUCUCACUGAUAUACAUAAGCUCAUUGACAUAAAAACACAAGCUCACUCACUAGCAGGCACACCCAGACACACACAUGCAAGCAAGUUCACUCACUAGCAGGCGCACACACCGCUUAAUGUAGUGGUUCUGGUGUAUAUAGCCUGUCCCUGCAGGCUUUUCAAUGUAAACACUGACUUUUCAGAGAAAGGUCAGUGUUUACAUUGCUUCCUAGUGACACCUCUAGUGACUGUCACUCAGGCGGUAACUAGAGGUGCUUCCUGUGUCAGUGCUGCACCUACAUUCAGAGCUUCCACGCUCUGGGUGUGCUGAUCAGUUCCCCAUAGAGAAACAUUGAUUCAAUGCAUCUCUAUAAGGAGAUGCUGAUUGGUGUAGCGUUUUGCUGCCAAUCUUAUGGCAAAGAAUUGGAUUGGCUGAGAUCAUCAAGCUGACGUCUGAGUGAAAAAAUUUUGUACAAGAAUCACAAGAUAAAAUUGGUGUCACCACCAAAAAUCAAUCUGCCUCUGACCCCAUCUGAAACCUUGCCAACAAUCGAUUUCAAGAACGAAAUUGCCUAGAGUUAGGGAGAUAUAGGUUUACCAGACUGUACUCAACACUAAUUACUGAACCUUUCCAGAUUAGAUAUCUGCUGUUUGGACCUAAAGUCACAUCAUCUGUGUGGCAAGCCACAUUUUUACUAAAAAAUAUGGAGACAUCCUUAGACAUCCUUAGAUUUCUUACAACAUGCAGGGUGAUACUGGGUGGGGUAGUCUUUCUUCAGAAUAUUGGGUAUUUUAUCUUUCUUAAAAUGAGUCUCCUGAAUGAAAAACACCUCUGGCUUGUUACAUUUCACCUCUUUGAAUAAGAGUUUUUGUUUGUGCGGAGUGUUCAGUCCCCUCACAUUAAGUUAUAAAAAACAUUUCUAUUGCUCAAAAAGAGCAAAUAAGAACAAAAGAAAAUAUUGGUGAAGGAAUCCAAAUACACCGCACAACUCAAAAUAUUUUGACAUUUGUCAAUCCCAUGAGUAAUUAGGAUCCACCUUAAUGAUGUUUGUUUAACUCCGUGUAUCACUGAUAUAUUAACCAAAAUUAUGACACCAAGAAAAUAUAGUAGCACAAUAUGGAUGACAUACGUAUUUUGUUUAAAUAAAUGAUAAAAGGGAAGAAAAACUUGGAGAAAACCCAUUAGUAAGGGGAAAAACUAAAAUAAAAUAUUUACAAAAAGCAAGGCCUUGAGUGGGGAAUGUAAAACUAUCCCCAUCUUAAAAAUAUACAGGCCUCUGUUGGGGGUGAGGAGAUUGGGGACAAAGGGCUAUUUAUAUAUUGAGAGAAAAGGAAAAACUAAAAAUGAAAACAAAAAUUGAGAAGAAAAAAAUUCAAAAACAAAUAAAAAGUAAAAAUUGGAAAAGAGAGAAAAAUUAUUUUGUCAUCAAAGCACAUUUUAAAUGGCUAAAAAAAACUCUACAGCAGUAGACCAAAAUAAAAAAUUAUAAACCAAUAACCAAAAAUCACGGGGCUGAAAAUCCAGUGUCCACACACAAAUCUCCAGAGUCAGCAAUCAGGAACCUUCAGAAGAACCACCUUCGGCUGGAAUCUGGAACUAGGAACCACUGUAUCAAAUCCGUACAGUAGGAACGGAAACCAAGAACCAGAAAUCAGAGGCUUUAUUUCCAUAUAUCCAUGAAUAGUGGAUUUUGGACAGGAACACACAUAGAGCCAAAACAGGUAAACAGUAGCAAAGAAAGCUCUUUUGUGAUCAACGGUAAGACAGCACAUCUUUGUCUUAUCUUCCUGGGGAGUAGAGGAGUUAGGUGCUGCGGUUCCAGGAUCAGAGCCUCUCAAAGUGUGAAGAACCUCCAUGCCUUCUUCAGGUAGAAUCGUCUCCGUGAACCCGGGCAAAGAUGGUACUGCUUCCCAUUAAACUUCCAGACCAUCUAGAUAAACGAAAUUCGGGAGAUAUGAUCUACAACGCGAGCGGCACUCAAAGGCCUACUUCCCUUACUUACAUCUGGGGGUGCUGCAGGUGUCCCGCUACACCACUGGAGCCUCUGUCUUCUAAGGUACGUUCAACUCGUGAACAAGACCUUCGUGGUUUGUGUUGCAGGAUGCCGCGAACUGUCCCAUGGCAUCCCCAGGCUACUCCACCUCCAUAGCGCAUGCGGCUCUCGAUCGAGGAUGUGAGCGGGUCUCUUCAGGCCACCCGCCUCACAGGCUGCUGCGGUGGAAGCCACAGCAGCCCAAGUCUUAGCAGGGGCCACAAGGGACUUAACAGAUGGUAGAUGUGAUGGUAGUAUAGGGUAUCACCGUCAAGCAUUCCCUUCUUUCCAUAAAAGAAAAUCACCCAAUAUUCCACAAGUAGAAAUAUCACUGGAAUCGCCAAAUAAUCCACACAUGAGCCAAAGCUUAAUGCUGGAACAAGAGUAAUUUACUGGCACACAGAACUCACAAUUUAUGCAACACAAAACUCCUCCUCUGGGCCAGACUAGAUAAUUGAGUUUCUACAAUACACAAAGCUCAAUUAUCUGCUGGCCAUAAACAUUAACAUUUUUAACAAUUUCAGAAACAUACUUUUUACAAGACAUACAAAUAUACUUUUAACCCUGGAUAGCUGAGGAUACUGGUAGUUACAUAUCCAAAUAUCACGAAUUUCUGUUCGGUAAUUUCCGUGUCGCAUCGUGUGGAAGUUUGACCGGCUUGCCAUGUGGAGGUAUCCGAGUUAGAGUUCCAUAGAAUCAGUAGCAAGAGCCGGUCUCCGUUCGCAUCUAACUACACGAAAACCACCGUUCGUAUGGUUCAGCUGGUUACAUGUGAAUGUUCCCCUCAUUUGGUAGAUGCUAUCUACCGAACGCCAGUUUGAUUCGUGGAGGGGAACGUAUUCAUCCAGGACUUCCAUGGGGACUGGGCGUUCGCAUGUUUGCCGUGCCGAAAUUAGUUCCAGGCAAUUCAUGCGUAAGCCCCGCUGACCGCACUUGUGAGUUUUAAGAUGGCCGCCAUCCUUUGUUCUCGCCACGUGUUCGUAUGUCGAAUGGCGGCCACCUAGUAGCAAUUAAGUCGCGGUUUUCUCUGCGUUCUAAUGCUGAUUGCUACCCAGGGUGUGUGGUUUCCGUUCAGUAAACGAAUACAUUCAUUCCAUACAUAUUGAACCGAACUGAUACAGGCAUUUAAACAGCAGGGAGAAGGUUCAACUGAAGGCAUAUAUGUAAGUACAAGAGCUCCUUCACAGUAGAAUAGCGCAGUCCACAGGUAAUUUAGGCUCCCCUACAGAUGUGUUAUGGUUACCUAACAAAGAUCUUCCGACAUUGACUCUCUCUACCGCAAAGUUGAUGUUCACAAUAUGCUACCAAAAUAGACAUAAAUUGUGUGAAAGUGGUCACAUGCAACUGAGAGAUUUCUCCUGAGUUAUGGAAAACAGCAUUUAUGGUCCACAAAGGACUCUCCUCAUGUUUAUCUCAUGAGGAAGAUCCAGUAUUGAUGGUAAUUAGUACCAACAAGGCUUGCACAUUUAUUUUUCCAAAUGCUUGCAUUACAUGCAGAAGGUGCAGAUCUGGGAUGGGAACUAUGUUUCAUGUGUGGUGGAACAUUUAGUAAUAAACUACUGGGAAGGUGUAAUGGUAUUUAUUAAUUAAUGACUUUUUGUCAUAAAAAAGCAUAAUGAGCUUAAUGCUUUAGACGCACCACUAGAUGUCAGUAAAGCAUAAUGAGCUUAAUGCUUUAGAGGCACCACUAGGGGUCAGUGUGCUAACUCAUGUGCUUCUGGCAGUGACAUCACAGGCCAGCCUACUUACUGGAUAAAACCAAAUAGUAGAAGGAAUUCAGCCCCUUUUUUUUCUUUGCUUGCAUUGAUUGAACAUGUAGCUGACUGUAUAGCUCCAGCCAAACAGGCUGGAGCCGUGUAAGUAAUCUAUUAUAACAGCUAGCAACUGUUAUAGCCUUUUGUAAGUAAUAUGUUGUAGUUUUGUAUUGUGGUAAAUUGACAUUCUGCUAGCAUUUGUUUAAUUGUUAUUAUAAUUAUAUUAAAUAAACAUUUAAUACUACAAUGUUUUGUGUAUUUCCUAUUAUAUAUUCGACCAUAAUACCGAACUCUAAAAAAUAUUAAUGUUGUUAUGUGUUGCUUAAUUAUUAUAUAUUAAUUAUUAAAUUAAUAUUCAUAUUUAAGUCACGACUGUAACAGAAGGAGUAACAAAAAUAAUAAGAGACUACAUAGACAUAGCUAUAACACCAUCACAGAGGUAUUUAUGUUGUACAUUCUACCCAGGCAUCUCCCUAUGCGACACAAACUCCUAGACCUAAUAUUCACUUCAACACAACACUUCUGGCUAGAAAAUGGAAACAAACCUUCCUACCAACGAUCCAAGAUAUUCCGAUGCAGGUCACCACUGCUCUAGAUUACAAACUAAUGGCUUCACACAGGUAUAUACAGGGAAAGCAUCAAGAGUGGCAAGCAAAUACUUGUCUGAUUUUUUAGCAAAAUAAUACAAUCAAUAAAUAUAUAUACAACAAUAGUGCGAAAACUGGGGUACACAAUUUAAACCACAUAUUCAGAAACCGGGGAAUGCUCUGCCUAAUGUUAGCUCAGCAUUUUAUUUUGCUCUUGUAAUUGUUUUUGUUUCCACUGUGACAAACUUACUUCCCAGUGUGUGUUUGUCCAGGAUCUUUUGGCAACUUCACAGUAGACAUGUGCAAUUCAUUUCAGUCCGAAUUAAAAUUCAGCCGAAUUUCGGGUAAUUCGGACAUUCGUGUGCUUCCGAAUGUCCGAAUAGCGGAAUUGCCGAAAUGAUGAAUUGCCGAAGUCCCGAAAUUACUGAAUUUCCGAAGUGUAGUAGUGCAGAAGUUGCUGAAGUUCAGAGGUGUCAAAGUGCCGAAGUUCCGAAGCACAGUAUUGCCUAAGUACUAAUAUACUUACCCAGUGAAAGAAGAAGAAUGUUACAUUGUAUACAAUUUUAAAUAAAAAGUAUACAAACAUAGCCAGGAUUCGGCUGUAAGCGUUUGCAACACUUACAACAAUCAAGUAACACACAUUCUUAUAAAAUGUACGUUACUUAGCCAGUCAUGUAAUGACAGGAAUGAAUAAGUAGAUAACUUCCUACUUCCCACGGUAUUAGGGAGCUAUCUACUAAAAGGCUGAAAGACCUGAAUUGGUCUUUCAGCCAAAUUUACUAAUACUAAGUAAAAAUUACUUAGUAUUAGUAAAGUAUGCCCCUACUCGCUAUAUCAUGACCUAUUGCCCCCCGGCCCCCACCCCUGAGCGGUGGGUGUGGUCCCUAAAUACAAAUUGGGGGUCCUAAUGUCCUCCCCCCUGGCCCUCACCCCUGAGUGGUGGGUGGGGACCCUAAACAAGAAUAAGGGGGGACUUAAUGUCCUCCCCCCUGGCCCCCUUCCCUGAGUGGUGGGUGGGGGCUCUAAACAAGAAUAAGGGUGGGACCUAAUGUCCUCCCCCCUGGCCCCCACCACUGAGCGGUGGGUGGGGGCCCUAAACAAGAAUAAGGGGGGACACCUAAUGUCCUCCCCCCUGGCCCCCAUAAUAACCGACGCAGUUAAAAAAACAAAAACCUGAGCGCAAAAAAAAAAUCUUCACCUGGCGAGGGCUCCGCACAGACUGAGCUCUGCAGGGCGGGGGAAGGCUUAUAAAGCCUUGCCCCGCCCUGCAAUUAGGCUCAGAGUACUCUGAUUGGUGGGUUUAAGCCAUCCAAUCAGAGUGCUCUGACAGGUAAAUGAAGAGACUGAUAUUUAAGUCUCUACAUUUACCUGUCACAGCACUCUGAUUGGUUGGUUUGAAAUCCACCAAUCAGAGUGCUCUGUGUCAUUUUACACAGCGUGGGAAAGUUAUUUGGAAUUUUCUCACACUGUGUAAUUUGACUCAUAACUCUUUGAUUGGCUACUUAAUCCAGCAGAGUGUUAUGAGUCAAAUGCCGGAGUUCCGAAGUUCCGAAGUGCAAAGUUGACAAAAUUCCAAAGUGCCGAAGUUCUAAAGUUUCUAAGUUCUGAAGUGGCAAAGGUUCGAGGUGCCGAAUUGUGGAAGUGCAGAAGUUGCCGAAGCUCCGAAGUGUCGAAGUGCCGAACUGCUAAAGUCCUGAACUGACGAAGUCCCGAACCGAGCCGAAUAUUUUCCCCAUGCACAUGCCUACUGCACAGCCCUCUAGGGUAAGGAAGCCAGGCCAAGACAAAGUCCAGUUUCAAAGCCCUCUGGCCUGUUUAAUUUAUGUUGUUAAGUAGCAGCAGGAUACAACAGGAUACAACAGGCAGCAAACCUUCUGUCACGACAGUGACCAAAGUCACAACAGUAACCCCUUCACACAGCGUGAAAACCCACAGAAAGACGGUUACCGGACCUUAGAAUGGUCGGACUAGCGUCUGAGAAUAGUCAAGAGAAAUAGCCAGAGGUCAAGGGAAUACGGAAGACGGGCACACGAUAAUCCAAGCCAAGAUACGGGAAACCAGAACACAGAAUAGUCAGAGAGGGAUAGCCAAGGGUCUAAUACCAGGAAGGACAAUAAGAAAAGAUAGCACCAGGGGACUUUAAACAAGAACCACACUAGGGCAUCUGACAAGUGUCAUGAUAGCCCUUUUAUAGUGUGGGUUCUAUGGCUUUAAUUUCGUAGCCACGCCCCCAAAAAGUCCGGGAGCGUGGCCACGUUUGAAUUUUGGCGCCAUUUUUACUCUGACGUCGGCGCACAUGCGCCGCGUCAUAAAUGUGGCCGUGUUCCGAGCGGCCGGCGUCAGAAUGUCUGAGCCGCCCCCCGGAAGCAUCGGAGGAGGACCCGGCGCUGCGCGGGACCGGCGGGGAAAGGUAAGCGCUUGUUACAGUACCCCCUCCUCGAGAACCGCCCACAGGGCGGGAGGAACUGAACCCACAAGAGCGCCGCCUCUCAAAUAGACGAACCAGACGAGGGGCGUGAACAUCAGACGCAUCGACCCAUGAUCGCUCUUCAGGACCGUACCCUUUCCAAUCAAGGAGAUAUUGCAAUUUACCCCGGGAAUCCGGGAAUCCAAUAUAGAUUUAACUUCGUAUUCGACAUGAUCCUCCACGGGUGCGGCAGGAGGAGGGGGAUAUUCUGAGUAUAACGAUUACAAAUGAACGGUUUGAGAAGGGAAACAUGAAAAGCGUUAGGAAUUUUCAUAGUAUUUGGCAAUCUCAAACUAUAACAGACCGGAUUAAUGCGUUUGAGUAUCUGAAACGGGCCUAUGAAACGGGGAGCAAAUUUCAUCGAGGGUACCUUUAACUUUAUGUUACGGGUACUUAACCAAACCCUGUCCCCCGCCACGAACGUAGGAGCAGCCCUACGUCGUCUAUCCGCAUUCUUCUUUUGAAUCUGAGUCUUUUGAUUUAAGAUAUGUUUAACUGCAAGCCAAGUUUCUUUCAUAUUGUGAAGGGUGCUGUCAACACUAGGCACUCCUGUAGAUGAAAAAGAACUCGGCAAAGUAGGAGGAUUAAACCCAUAAUUAAUAAAAAAGGGACUAUGUUGAGUGGAUUCGUGUAUUAGAUUAUUAUGGGCGAAUUCAGCCCAUGGGAGUAGUUCCACCCAAUCGUCUUGGUGCUCAGAAAUGAAACAGCGGAUGUAUUGUUACAGGCAUUGAUUCAUCCUUUCCGUAACCCCAUUGGAUUGGGGAUGAUAAGAAGAAGAAAGGUUAAGGACAAUACCUAAUUGGUCACAAAAUGCCCUCCAGAACCGUGAAAUGAACUGUGGACCCCUGUCAGAUGUAAUAUCUUGAGGUAUGCCAUGUAAACGUACUACCUCUUUUAUAAAUAAAGAGGCCAGUUCAGAAGAGGAGGGUAAUUUGAUUAGUGGGAUGAGAUGAGUCAUUUUAGAGAAUCUGUCGAUUAUAGUCAAUAUAACCUUAUGGUUCCUGGAAGAGGGCAGAUCUACUAUAAAAUCCAUAGCAAUACUUGUCCAGGGUUUAUCGGGAAUGGACAAUGGCAAAAGGAGGCCCAAAGGACGAGCUUUGGAUGAUUUCGUGGAAGCACAGACCCUACAAGCAAGAAUGAACUCGCGAACAUCCUUCUUGUAUGAAGGCCACCAAAACUGUUCUUCGAGUAAAGACUCAGUUUUGUGAAUACCUGGAUGUCCUGCUAAUUUGGAGCUGUGUACAAGGAAUAAGACCUUUUUCCUAUAAGACAGGGGUACGUAUAGUUUUCCCCUGGGAAUAGUCAAUGAGGUCUGAUCCUGAAACCUAGAUAACUCCUCCAUUAACCCUGAAGAGAUUUUGGCACGGACGGUUGCGAUUAUAUGGUUGGAUGGGAUAAUGGAAGAGAGGUGCGUUACUGUAGGUGACAAAUGUUCAUAUUGACGGGAUAAGGCAUCAGCCUUAGUGUUCUUUGAUCCUGGUCUGUAAGUUACUAUGUAGUUGAAUCGUGUUAAAAAUAAAGACCAUCUAAUCUGUCUAUCUGACAUUCUUUUAGUUUCUCCAAAAUACGAAAGGUUUUUGUGAUCCGUAAGGAUGGUGAUGGGAAUGGUAGACCCUUCUAACAGAUGGCGCCACUCCUUGAGGGCAGAGAUAAUAGCCAAUAACUCCCUGUCCCCAAUGUCAUAUCUCUUUUCUGUCUCAGUUAAUUUCUUAGAAAAAAAUCCACAGGGAUGCAAUGGUUGAUCAUCAGAUGGACGUUGAGACAGUACGGCUCCAAUACCGGUUUCAGAUGCAUCCACCUCUAAUAUAAAUGGACGAGAGGGAUUGGGAUGCCUCAACACCGGUGCAGAAGAAAAGGCUAAUUUAAGUCUUUCAAAAGCUUCCUUGGCCUCGAGAUUCCAUUCAUUAGAAUUUCGCCCCUUUUUGGUCAUGUCAGUGAUAGGUGCAGUGAUAGAGGAGAAACCUUUAAUAAAUUUUCUAUAAUAAUUGGCAAACCCUAGAAAGCGUUGGAUAGCCUUGAGUCCAACGGGCAAGGGCCAAUUAAGGAUAGCUUCUAGUUUUUUUUUAUCCAUUUGGAAUCCAGACCCUGAAAUUAUGUAACCCAGAAAAUGCACAGUGUCUAUAUCAAAUUGACAUUUUUCUAAUUUACAGUAAAGUCCAUUUUUUAAGAGUUUAGAAAGAACCAACCUAACGUGAGUAUGGUGGUCUUUAAUAUUCUUGGAGUAGAUUAGAAUGUCGUCUAAGUAGACAAUAACAAACAUAUGUAAAUAGUCCCUUAAAACAUCAUUAAUGGGGCAUUGCAUAGCCCGAAUGGCAUGACCCUAUACUCGUAGUGACCAUAGCGAGUAUUAAAAGCAGUCUUCCAUUCGUGCCCUUUCUUAAUCCUAACUAGAUUGUAUGCCCCCCUCAGAUCCAAUUUCGUAAAAAUAGUUGCCCCUUUUAAUCUAUCGAAAAGUUCUGUGAUUAGAGGAAUAGGAUAGGCGUUACGUAUAGUUAUUUUGUUUAAACCCCGAUAAUCAAUACAGGGCCUUAAGUCCCCUUCCUUCUUGGAAACAAAAAAAAACCCAGCGCCAGCAGGGGAGGAAGAUUUAGUGAUAAACCCCUUUCUUAAGUUUUCCGUGAUAUAUUCCUCUAAUACCUUAUUCUCGGCUACCGAGAGGGGAUAAACUGUGCCUCUAGGGGGCAUAGUGCCGGGUAAUAAGUCAAUGGGACAGUCAUAGGACCGGUGUGGAGGUAAUUUUUCUGCCUCUCUUGGCUCAAAAACUGCUUUUAAAUCCCAAUAUUGUCUGGGUAUCAGAGUGGUUAAAGGUUCCAUAGUAGGUACAUUAAGGAGACCUACAUGUUUAAUAGGGGUAAUACAUUUUCUGCGGCAAGUCUCACUCCAUUUCACAAUUUCCUUUUUCUCCCAAUCUAUAGAAGGGUUAUGUUUAGAGAGCCAAGGAAAGCCAAGAAUAACCGGAAAGAUGGGGGAAGUGACUUGUUGCAGGAUAAUAACCUCCUUAUGCAGGGAACCUACGGACAAUACCACUGGAAGAGUCUCUUGUGUGAUAAACGGGAUAGAUAAUGGUCUACCAUCUAUGGCCUCAACGGCCAAGGGUGUUGAUCUAUUCUGAAAUGGGAAAGCAUGUUCCUGACCGAAUUUAUGAUCAAUAAAAUUUUCGGCCGCCCCAGAGUCUAUUAAGGCAAUGGUUGGCACUUUUUUCUUUUCCCACUCAAUAACAAUAGGUAGAAGAAGCCUAUGAUCUUUUUUAUCAUUAAAGGAGGACAUACACAUUACACCCAAGGCCUGUCCUCCAUGAGGGCUUAGGUGCGGGAGUUUUCCGGCCGGUUAGGACAGGUUGAACGAGAAUGUCCCUUUCGGCCACAGUAUAGGCAUAGUCCCUCCCUACGGCGGUAUUGUCUUUCAUCCUCAGACAAACGUGUGACUCCCAGUUGCAUUGGUUCUGGAGGAGCGACUGUUGUUGUCUCGGAUGAAGGAUAGGUUAACGCUAAGCGUUCUGGCACCCGUCGAGGUCUGUCUCUAGUAUUCUGCCUAUGUCUAAGACGCUCAUCAAUGUGGGAAAGAUAUGUGAUCAAUUCCUCUAACACAUUGGGUAGGUCUCUAGUGGCAACUUCAUCUAGGAGUUUAUCUGAAAGCCCGUUCAUGAAUACGUCAAUAAACGCUUGUUCAUUCCAUCUAACUUCAGCCGCAUGGGUACGGAAUUCUAAAGCGUAAUCAACAAGAGAACGAGAACCCUGUCUCAUACGUAGCAAGGUUUUGGCAGCAUUAGUUCUCCUCCCUGGAGGAUCAAAAGCCCUCCUAAAAGCUGCGACAAAUUCUACAUAGUUAAACACUACCGGGUUAUCGUUCUCCCACAGAGGAUUUGCCCAAGUCAAUGCCCUAUCGACCAAUAAAGUAAUGAUGUAACCUAUCUUUGCCCUAUCUGUAGGGUAUGCUCUCGGAUGAAGCUCAAAAUAAAUACUGACUUGAUUCAAAAAACCUCGGCAGCCUUUAGGAUCACCCCCGUAACGGAGAGGGGAGGUAGCAUGAUUAGGAGUACCCAUAGUAACCAUUUCCAUGGGUUGUUCCUGAGGUCUGAGUACUGGGGUUUGCUCCUCCGGUUGGAGAUGGGCAGUACGAGCAAGCAAGGUUUGUACUGCAAUAGCGAACUGGUCCAUGCGAUGGUCCAGUUCCUCAAACCGGUCAUCAGGUGCCGGUCCGAGAGGGUUAACACCUGCAGGGUCCAUGGCCCUAGUGUAAUGUCACGACAGUGACCAAAGUCACAACAGUAACCCCUUCACACAGCGUGAAAACCCACAGAAAGACGGUUACCGGACCUUAGAAUGGCCGGACUAGCGUCUGAGAAUAGUCAAGAGAAAUAGCCAGAGGUCAAGGGAAUACGGAAGAUGGGCACACGAUAAUCCAAGCCAAGAUACGGGAAACCAGAACACAGAAUAGACAGAGAGGGAUAGCCAAGGGUCUAAUACCAGGAAGGACAAUAAGACAAGAUAGCACUAGGGGGACUUUAAACAAGAACCACACUAGGGAAUCUGACAAGUGUCAUGAUAGCCCUUUUAUAGUGUGGGUUCUAUGGCUUUAAUUUUGUAGCCACGCCCCCAAAAAGUCCGGGAGCGUGGCCACGUUUGAAUUUUGGCGCCAUUUUUACACUGACUUCGGCGCGCAUGCGCCGCGUCAUAAAUGUGGCCGUGUUCCGAGCGGCCGGCGUCAGAAUGUCUGAGCCGCCCCCGGAAGCAUCGGAGGAGGACCCGGCGCUGCGCGGGACCGGCGGGGAAAGGUAAGCACUUGUUACAACAUGUUUGUGUUCCUGACCCUAUAGUGUUCCUUUAAGGUUUUCAAGGCUGACGUUUGGCAACUCGAACUUUCAGCUCCCUCCACAGAUUUUCUAUAGGAUUAAGCUCUGGAUACUGGCUAGGCCACUCCAGAACCCUAAUGUGCUUCUUCUUGAGCCAUUCCUUUGUUGCCUUGGCUGUGUGUUUUGGGUCAUUGUAAUGCUGGAAUAUCCAUCCACAACCCAUUUUCAAUGCCCUGGCUGAGGGAAGGAGGUUCUCACCCAAGAUUUGAUGGUACAUGGCUCUGUCCAUCAUCACUUUGAUGCGGUGCAGUUGUCCUGUCCCCUUAGCAGAAAAACACACCCAAAGCAUAAAGUUUCCACCUCCAUGUUUAAAUGGUGGGGAUGGUGUUCUUUGGGUCAUAGGCAGCAUUCCUCCAAACACAGCGAGUUAAGUUGAUGCUAAAGAGCUCGAUUUUGGUCUCAUCUGACCACAACACUUUCAUCCAGUUCUCCUCUGAAUCAUUCAGAUGUUCAUUGGCAAACUUCAGCUGGGCCUGUACAUGUACUUUCUUGAGCAGGGGGACCGUGCGGGUGUUGCAGGAUUUCAGUCCUUUCACGGCAUAGUGUGUUACCAAAAGAUCCUCCCAUGUAGUUUUGGGCGUUCUCAAGAUCAUUGAAACUCCACAAGGUGAGCACCAGACCGAGGAAGACUGACCGUUAUUUUGUGUUUCUUCGAUUUGCGAAUAAUCGCACCAACUGUUGUCACCUUCCCACCAAGCUGCUUGGCGAUGGUCUUGUAGCCCAUUCCAGCCUUGUGUAGGUCUACAAUCUUGUCCCUGACAUUGCUUUUGUGGACAGGUGUAUUUUAUACAGGUAACAAGCUGAGAUUAGGAGCACUCCCUUUAAGAGACUGCUCCCAAUCUGAGCCUGUUAGCUGUAUAAAAGACACCUGGGAGCCAGAAAUCUUGCUGAUUGAUAGGGGAUCAAAUACUUAUUUCACUCAUUGACAUGCAAAUCAAUUUAUAACUUUUUUGACGUGCGUUUUUCUGGAGUUUGUUUUUUUUAUUCUGUCUCUCACCAGGGCCGGACUGGAAAUUUCCCGGUGGGCCGCGGCACCUGGGGCCGGUCUGACAGCUCCUGUGAUCCCGGCGGCCGUGUGUGAGCUGUGCGGCCGCACAUAGCCCCAUGGGAGCAGGGGGAGCCAGGCGGCCGGCUCACACAUGGCCGCCCGGAUCAUUUAAAAAAAAAAAGAAAAAAAAAAUUGUGGCGGGGCGGAGCUUACUGUGCGGCGGAGGCGGGGCUUAGCGUGCGGCGGAGGCGGGGCUUACUGUGUGGCGGGGCCCGGCUAAUUGCAGCAUGGGAAGCAGGAAGGAGUCCCUGCUUCCCCAACAACCAGCCUCCAGGAGCUCCAAGCAGGAGGGAAGAAGGUCAGUGUGUCUGUGUGAGUGUGUGACUGUCUGUGAGUGUGUGACUGUCUGUGAGUGUGUGACUGUCUGUGACUGUGUGUGUGUGUGUGUGUCUGUGUGUGUGUGACUGUGUGUGUGACUGUCUGUGUGUGUGACUGUCUGUGACUGUGUGUGUGUGUGACUGUGUGCAUUAUGAAUGCUUUCCUAUGUGACCGGCUGAAUGCGCGCGCAGCUCUUGCCGCGCGUGCGCAUUCAGCCGAUGGGGAGGAGAGAAGGAGGAUCAGAGGAGGAGAGCUCCCCGCCCAGCGCUGGAAAAAGGUAAGUUUUUACCCCUUUCACCCUUCCAGAGCUGGGCAGGGGCACCCUCAGAGCACUAUAGUGGUCCUUUAAUAUAUAAGCCCUACAAGCACAAUAAGUUAUGGGGCUGGCUGUAAUGAUAUUGAUGUUACAAAGUUUUGGAGUCCAGUAGCCAGAUCAGUAAUGUUUUCUGCCAGAGGUAGCCACUCGUUACCCAGGUGGUUGAGCCCCUGAGCCUUGAGUGGCCUUCUGGUCUUAAGCAGAGAUGGGAGACUGGAACAGAAAGAUGAUAAUCGUAGUGAGGCAAGCCGAGGUCAGUGGGAAGGAGAAGCAGCAAAGUCAAAACAGUCCAAAUUCAGCAACAGGAAGGAGAAACAGGAACACGCUUGAUUAGAGAGUACAGGAACCACAAUAAUCUGGCAAAGGUACAGAGACAGGAAGUGGCUUUUAUAGGCCAAGAACCAGACACCUGACCAGACACAGCUGAAGUGAGUUGUCACUGAUAACCUUGACUCUACAAGCAAUGGUAUAAGAUCUCAGGUAAAUUUGCAAAAGGCAGGCUGGUGUACUGGUAAGGAAAAGGUUUAGCACCAGGUAAACCAGGGUUGGAAACCCAGCAGAGUCAGUUCCUCACAUUACCUCCACCUCUACAGGCGCAGCCUCUGGAUGCCCUAUUUCCUGGUUUAGCAGGGUACUGUGCAUGGAACGACUGAAGAAGAUCAGGAGCAUGAAUAUUGUCCACUGGUUCCCAUGAUCUAUCCUCCUCACCAUACCCUUUCCAAUGAACCAAGUAUUGAAGCUUGUUGCGGAAGAUCCUGGAGUCAAGAAUUUUUUCCACCUCGUAUUCAUCUUCACCAUCCACGAGGACUGGUGGUGGGGCAGGCAAGGCUCGACCAGGGAAAGUAUUUUCAUGAAAGGUUUAAGCAGUGCCACGUGAAACACCGGAUGUAUUUUCAUGGAAUCUGGAAGUUGCAGACGGAAGGUGACUGCAUUGAUCUGAGCGAUUAUCUUAAAAGGUCCCAUGAACUUUUGACCCAAUUUAUGAGAAGGAAUCCUAAGCUUAAGAUUCUUUGUUGACAGCCAAACCUUGUCACCAACAUGAUAAACUGGGGCCUCCUUUCUGUGCCUAUCAGCAGCUCUUUUGUAACAUUCCUGAGCCUCCGAAAGAGUCUCCUUCAACAGUUCUUGGGAAUCUCGUAAGGCGGUUAGCCGGUCAGUGACUGCAGGAAUGGGAGUAGUAAUUGGGAGACUCACUAGAAAGGUUGGAUGGUAACCAUAAUUGGCAAAAAAUGGGCUCAGAGAAGUGGAGCAGUGUUGGGCAUUGUUAUAGGCAAACUCCGCCGUGGGUAGAAAAUCCAGCCAGUCAUCCUGCAGGUAACUAAUAUAGCACCGCAAAUAUUGUUCUAAAGUCUGGUUGGUUCGCUCAGUCUGUCCAUUACUUUGUGGAUGAAAAGCUGAAGACAGAUUUACAUUAAUACCUAGAAUAGAACAAAAAUAUUUCCAAAAAUGAGAUGUAAACUGCACUCCCCUGUCAGAAAUUACUUCAUCAGGCACUCCAUGCAAGCGAAAUAUUUCCCGAAUAACAAGGUCAGCAGUCUGUUUAGCUGAAGGGAGACCACGAGCUGGUAUGAAAUGACUCAUCUUGGUUAACCGGUCCACAACAACAAGAAUAGUAGUGUGUUCCUUAAAGGGAGGUAGUUCCACAAUAAAGUCCAUGGAUAUAGAUCCCCAGGGACGAUGAGGAAUCGGAAGAGGCUGAAGCAAGCCAACAGGGGAUGAGCGAGGAGUCUUAUGUCUGGCACAUACAUCACAAGAGGACACAUACUUCUUAACAUCCUCAUAAUAUUUAGGCCACCAAAAGGAUCGGGUAAGUAGUUCUUGUGUCUUUCGGAUUCCUGGAUGACCUGCUGGUUUAGAGUCAUGGUAGAGGCGUAAAACGUCCAGUCGCACUGAUUCUGGAACAAACAGACGCUGUUGAAAAAUCCAAAACCCAUUAAGCAUGGUCAUAUGAAGAUCACGAGGAGGAUCACGAAAAACUGGAUCUUUAGAGUAGCCCUUUUUAAUGCGAGACAUUAGAUCAGAAGGAAAGGUAACUCCUAAAAAUCUGCUCUCCGGCAAGAUGGUGGCCUUGGUUACUGUAGUAUGGAGGGGGUCAGCUAUCCUAGACAAGGCAUCCGCCUUGCCAUUUCUGGAACCAGGGCGGUAUGAAAUAAAAAAAUUAAACCUUGAGAAAAAUAGGGACCAGCGUGCUUGUCUGGCUGACAGUCUCUUAGCGGAUUGAUACAUUCCAGAUUUUUGUGAUCUGUGAGGACAGUAAUUGGAUGGGUGGCUCCCUCCAAGAGAUGUCUCCAUUCGGUGAAGGCAGCUUUUAUAGCCAAAAGUUCUUUAUUCCCUAUGUCAUAAUUUCUUUCUGCUGGUAACAUCUGGCGGGAAUAGAAGGCACAUGGAUGUAACAACAUCUUAGGUCCAGUCCUUUGAGACAGUAUAGCCCCAACAGCUGAAUCAGAAGCAUCUACCUCUACAGUAAAUGGCAAUUCUGGCUGAGGAUGUACCAAGAUAGGGGCAGAUGUAAACAGAGUCUUUAAUCUGGAAAAUGCAGUGUCAGCCUUAUUGGACCACUGAAAAGGAGUCCCUUUACGUGUAAGUUCAGUGAUCGGUGUAAUAACGGCAGAGAAAUUCUUAAUGAAACGCCUGUAAAAAUUGGCAAACCCCACAAAUCUCUGUAUAUCUUUUUCAUUCUUGGGGAUGGGCCAGUCCAGCACAGCUUUAAUUUUACUUGCGUCCAUACUUAAACCUUUAGGAGUUAUUACAUACCCCAUGAACUGAAUUUCUGUUUGUUCAAACUCACAUUUUUCCAGUUUAAUGUAUAGGUGGUGGGUACGAAGGCGCUCAAGAACAAUGCAGACCUGUUUUCUGUGAUUUUCAAGAUUAUCAGAAAAUAUCAGGAUAUCAUCCAAAUAUGCCAUAACAAACUGAUCCAGGAGAUCCCGUAGUACAUCAUUGAUUAGAUGCUGAAAAGUUGCAGGGGCAUUACAAAGCCCAAAUGGCAUUACUAGAUAUUCGUAAUGUCCGUACCUGGUUCUGAAAGCUGUUUUCCAUUCAUCAUUUGGUCUUAUGCGAACCAGAUUAUAUGCCCCCCGUAGAUCAAGCUUCGUAAAUAUUUUAGCUGAACGAAGUCUCUCCAGAAGUUCAGGAAUGAGAGGCAAGGGAUAACGGUUUUUAACAGUGAUUUUAUUAAUGUCCCUGUAAUCAACACAUGGUCGUAGACUGCCAUCUUUCUUUUCUACAAAGAAUAUAGGAGCUCCUGCUGGAGAAGUGGAUGGUCGAAUAAAGCCUUUGGCAAGAUUUUCUUGUAUGUAUUCACGAAGUGCUUUCAAUUCAGGCUCAGAAAAGGAGUAUAUACGGCCAAAUGGGAUAGCAGCUCCAGGUAGCAGCUCUAUGGGGCAAUCAUAAGGCCUGUGAGGUGGAAGCUGAUCAGCAUUCUUCUUAUCACAGACAGGGCCGCCAUCAGGGGGUGACAACCAUAACGGUUGUCACGGGCCCGGCGGCCCUGGGGGGCCCGGCCGCCCGGCCCCCACAUGUGGGGACCAUCGGGUGGCCCACACACUUAGGGCCACCCGAUGGGCCCUAUAUCUUCAGUGGCCCGGUCAGCGCUGUGGCCGCGACCGGGCCCCUCCCAGCCCACUCCGCGCGGGAGGAGCGCGCGCCGGUGAAGAAGGAGAGCCAGGCAGUGAAGAGAGAGCCGCACCGACUCCCAUCAUCCCCAGCCACCCUCCUGCAAAGAAAAGGUAAGAGACAGGAGGGUGGCUGGAAAAUGAGCUGUGUGUGUGUGUCUGUAUGCAUGUCUGUCUGUCUGUCUGUCUGUAUGUAUGUAUGUGUAUGUCUGUCUGUAGGCAUGCAUGUAUGUAUGUCUGUCUGUCUCUGUAUGUAUAUCUCUCUGUAUGUAUGUCUGUCUGAAUGCAUGUCUGUAUGUAUGUCUGUCUGUAUGUAUGUGUAUGUCUCUAUGUCUGUCUGUAGGCAUGCAUGUAUGUCUAUGUAUGUCUGUCUGUCUGUCUGUAUGUAUGUCUGUCUCUGUAUGUAUAUCUGUCUGUAUGUAUGUAUGUAUGUCUAUGUAUGUAUGUCUGUAUGUAUGUCUGUGUGUGUGUGUCUGUAUGUAUGUCUAUGUUUGUCUGUCUGACUGUAUGCAUGCAUGUAUGUCUAUGUAUGUCUGUAUGCAUGCAUGUAUGUCUAUGGAUGUAUGUAUAUCUGUCUGUAUGUAUGUCUAUGUAUAUAUAUGUAUGUCUGUAUGUCAUUAUAUAUGUAUGUCUGUAUGUCAGUAUGAAUGUAUGCCUGCAUAUCAUUAUGAACGUAUGUCUGUGUGUAUAUGUGUAUGGAUGUCUGUAUGCAUGUAUGUCUGUAUAUAUGCAUGUAUGUCAGUCUGAAUGUAUGUAUGUCUGUAUGCCAUUAUGAAUGUAUGUCUGUUUAUGUCUGUAUGCCAUUAUGAAUGUAUGGAUGACAGUGUCUGUAUGUCUGUCAGUAUGUCUCUGUGUGUGUAUGUAUGUAUGUCGGUGUCUGUAUGUAUGUAUGUAUGUGUCUUUAUGUCCUCAUGCAUGUGUGUCUGUAUUUAUGUUAGUAUGUGUCUGUCUGUCACUAUGUAUGCCUGUGUGUAUGUCUCAGUAUGUAUGCCUGUAUGCGUGUAUGUCUGUUUCAGUAUGUGUGUCUGUUAGUAUGUAUCUCUGUCUUUUUGUAUCAGUGUGUGUGUUUGUGUCUGUGUGUAUAUUCCUGUGGGCGGUAUUUGAAGGCGGACCCAGUGGGCGGUAUUUGGAGGCGGGCCCCAGGGGGCCCAGACCCUGAGCUGAGUUAGGGGCCCCAAAAUUUCUGGUGGCGGCCCUGAUCACAGACAUCUGCAAAAUCCCAAUAUUGUAGCGGAAGCUUAGUUAAGUUUGUAGCAACCAUUUCAUUAAUUGUUGUGGUAACAGGUGUCGCCUUAGAGGGUUGACAAUUCAUUAAGCAGUGUUCUGAAGGAAAGGACAAAGUUCUAGUCUUCCAAUCAAUCUGUGGGUUAUGCAGAGCAAGCCAGGGUAUACCCAAAAUCACUGGAAACUGUGUUGAGGAAAUUAGGUGGAAAGAUAUAGACUCAUGGUGAUUCACUUCCAGAAUCAAUUUUAAGGGCACAGUCUCAUGUGUAACCGGGCCUGACGUAAGUGGAGAACCGUCUACUGUUUCCAUUAACACAGGUGAAGAUUUAGGGAUAGACUGAAUUUUAUUUCCUGCUGCAAAUUUAAUGUCCAUAAAGUUUCCGCCUGCUCCGGAAUCUAUCAUAGCUGUAGUUGAAAUUUUAUUAUCACCAUAUUGCAAAGUGAUAGGCACCACUAAAUGAGGAUGUUGAGUCAUCAUACCUUCUUCACCCUGAGCCAGAGAAAACAAGGGUUGUGUGACAGAAUCCAGUUGGUCUGAAAUCUGGGAUUGGUGUUGAAUCUGUGCACCCUCAGCACUCAUAGCUAUUGUUCUUUUAGACUUGUUAGGGCAAUUGAUGGCAUAAUGCCCUGCACUACCACAAUACAGGCAUAAGUUGUGAGUGCGUCGCCACUGUUUUUCUUCAUUGGAUAAUGGCCCUCUUAUUAGAUCUACCUGCAUAGCCUCAGGUUCAGAGUCUGUAGGUGUUUGUGGGGUCGGAGUAGAAAUUCUUGAAUAGAAAGUAGGAGUAGCACUUGGUUUAAAAGAGCCCUGUCUUUCCAAUCUUCUUUCUGAAAGUCUCCGAUCAAUACGGAUAGCCAACCGCACAAAUGCAUCAAACUCAACAGGAAGAUCAACACGAGCUAGCUCAUCUUUUAUAGCUUCUGAGAGACCCCUUCUGAAGUGGAACCUCUGGGCUGAUUGGUUCCAAGUAGUAUCAGUAACCCACUGUCUGAAUUCAGCAGCAUAUUCAGCCACAGAGCGCCUCCCUUGAUGUAAAUGAAGGAGAGUGGCUUCUGCUGUAGCACAGUGAUUGGGAUCAUCAAAAACUAGGCACAUGGCCUCAAGAAAGUCUUUUAAAUUUCCCAAGACUGGACUGUCCUGUUCCAGAAAAGGGGAGCCCCAGGCCAGGGCUUCAUCUUUGAAGAGGGAAAAAAUAAAUCCCACCUUCUCUCUUUCAGAUGGAAAACGGUUAGGUAACAUCAUGAAAUGCAAACGGCAUUGAUUUAGGAAACCCCUGAAUUUUUUGCGGUCUCCUCCAAAUUUUUCUGGUAGAGGCAAGCGGGCAUCUUGUGCAGGUGUAACAGUAGUAGUAGCAGCAGCCGCAACAUCAUGUGCCCUGUAGCUG